AUGGCAGCCACGGGGAGCCCCAGCAUUCUGUCGUCCUUGCGUCUCUGGACGUUCAGUGCAGCGGUAACUCCAGUGGCUCUGGGGGCAGUGCUCAGCUACAAGAAAGAAGGCUUGUUCUCCGUUGUCGUCCUCCUAGUCACCUCUGCCGCCGUACUGGCCGUGAACGGAGCCGGGAACAUGGUGAAUACUUACUUCGAGAUCAUGCGCGAGGUGUCCCGUCGCCGCCCCGGGCCGCAGCAGAAUCACUCCGUCCACAGAUGGGACGACCAUUCCGCGGAUUCCCAGAACCACCAGGCCCGUGUCGUAAACUGGGCCGCCUACCUGUACGGAUUCGGGAUGGCCUGUUUAUGGAUCACAAUGUGGCUCUCUCCUGCCAACAGCUUCUACCUCGCGUCGCUCUUUUUCGGAGGUCUCUCGAGCUCUUUUAUCUACACCGGAGGUAUCAGAUUGAAGUUCUACAUCUUGGGUGACCUACUGGCGAUGUUCACGUUCGGUCCCCUCUCUGUUCUUUUCUCGUACACGUCUCAGAGCGGUCGCUUCGUAAUUCCCGGCCCUCUCCUACUCGCUCUCCCUCUAGCUCUCAGCACAGAGGCAAUCAUCCACAGCAAGCACAUGAGAGAGAUGGCCAAAGACAAGGAAGCCGGUGUACUCUCACUGGCCGUUCUCCUCGGGAAACAGGGCUCUUACUUUCUCUUUGCUCUCCUUCUCUUUUUCCCCUACUUGGUGUUUGCUAUAUGGGGUACGAUGUACUCCCUGGCAUUGGCUCUACCUCUCCUCACAAUGCCCUAUGCAUUUCAACUGGAGAGAACUUUGAGAGAAGAAGGACCAUUUCGAGAACUUUCAGUGGGCGUGGCCAAGCUGAACUUUGUACUCAGCUCUUUGUUUGUCGUGGGUUGUUUACUAGCAAGCGAUGUACCAUUUCUGUCGUGA